GCUUGACGGGCUGACGCUAGAGUCCGCCCCAAUUCCUCAGACUGUGUCUGCCCAUGGCCGACUCGGUACAUGGGCGCUCUGUGGGCCGAAAGGCUCGGGCCAACCGAAAUGCUGCUGCAGGUACUAAACAAACAAGUUCCUUGAAACAAGAUGCUUCUAAAAGGAAAGCAGAACUGGAAGCCGCUGUGAAGAAGAAGAUUGAGCUUGAGAGAAAAGCUUUGCACAUUGUCGAACAGCUUUUAGAAGAGAAUAUCACAGAAGAGGUCCUAAAGGAGUGUGGGAAGUUCAUCACGCCUGCUCACUACAACGAUGUUGUAGAUGAGCGCUCUAUUAUAAAACUCUGUGGUUAUCCUUUGUGUCAAAAGAAGCUGGGAAUUGUACCAAGACAGAAAUACAAAAUUUCUACCAAAACCAAUAAAGUCUAUGAUAUUACUGAAAGAAAGUCUUUUUGCAGCAAUUUUUGUUACAAAGCAUCCAAGUUUUUUGAAGCACAGAUUUCCAAAUCUCCAGUAUGGGUUCGAGAAGAAGAAAGGCAUCCUGACUUUCAGCUGCUAAAGGAUGGACAAAGUGGCUGUUCGGGGGAAGAAGUACAGUUACGCAGCGAAGCCAUCAAAGUGUCGGAUAUUGAUAGCUCUGGCCCUGUUGAGAAGCACCCUGAGUCCUCUUCUCCUGGCACCUGCAGUGAUAGUGCCAGCGAUAAUGAGCAGGACUUUGUUUCCUCCAUCCUACCAGGAAACAGACCAAGUGCAACGGGUGCAGGGCCACAGCUGCACACCAAAAGCAAAAUGAAAAAGAAAGCUGGUCAAAAAGCUAACUUCACACACAUGGAACCGACAGUAGUAGCUGUCACCGAGCGGUUAGGUAACUGUAGACUAGACAGUCAGGAGAAAGCUGCUGCUGGUGAGCUCCCUGUAAAGAAAGGAAGCACUCAGACUGAUUCAACUAGUCCUUGUUGUGAAAGACUAGACGCCUCAACAAAGUCUGAAAAUAAGUGCAGUAUGUCAGAAAUAACUCUUGUAGGUAUAAGUAAGAAAAGUGCUGAACAUUUCAAGAGGAAAUUUGCCAGAACAAACCAAGUUUCUGGGUCAGCCUCUAGUCCAGUACAGGUGUGCCCUGAAGUUGCAAAGAUAAACUUGCUUCAAGUUCUGAGGAAAACUUUGCUGGAAUGGAAGACAGAAGAAACGUUGAAGUUUUUGUAUGGCCAGAAUUACACUUCUGUGUGUCUGAAACCCUCACUGGUCUCUGAGGCUAAUCAAGAACUUGAUGAAGAUGACAUAAAUUAUGACCCAGGUAGUUACUUCCCUACUCUGAAAGUAUCUCAGAACAAUCUAGAUGAGUCUUUACCUUUUAGAGGCUCAGAUACAGCCAUCAAACCACUGCCAAGCUAUGAGAACUUGAAAAAGGAAACGGAAACACUAAACCUGAGGAUCAGGGAGUUUUACAGAGGGCGUUAUGUGAUAAAUGAAGACACCAUCAAGUCACAAGACCUAGAAGAGCAUGAUCCCACUUUCCCACUGAUAGAUUCAAGUUCCCAGAACCAGAUUAGAAAACGCAUUGUUCUUGAAAAAUUGAAUAAAGUAUUGCCUGGACUUUUGGGCCCUCUCCAGAUUACAGUAGGAGAUAUUUACACGGAACUUAAGAAUCUUGUUCGAACUUUCAGAUUAACUAAUAGAAACAUUAUACACAAGCCUGUGGAAUGGACUUUAAUUGCUGUGGUGUUACUGACAUUACUGACCCCAAUUCUCGGCAUUCAGGAGAAUUCUUCGAAAAAUGUGGUGUUUACACAGUUUAUAGCCACCCUGCUUAAAGAGUUACAUUUAAAGAAUGAAGACCUUGAAAGUUUAACUAUUAUAUUUAGAACCAGCUGUUAACCAGAGUGGCUCCCCAUGUGCGAACAUAGAUGCAGACUUGGAUACGAUUCAGGAAGACAGAAUGGAAGAUGUUUCUCUACCCUAUACCUGGAACUCUAGCCACUUAUGAGUCUGGUUCGGGAUUACUGUUUCUAGCUUUAUUCUAAGAAAGAUCUGUCCUUCCCAGGUUCCAGUCCCCUAACUCAUAGUCCCUGCAAGUAAAGGGCAACUUCUCAGACACCAGAGAGCCAUGACUGCCUGUAGGAAUAACAAGCCCUUUCAUCCUGAGCUACAAGACAGUAGUUUUAUUUUCAAAGGAAAGUAGAAAAGUCUUAAGUUGAAACUUCAGUGGAUAUUCAAGAAAAUGUAAUAACUUUUAGUGGUUCUAAAUAAUUAUGAGCAUCAUACUUGUUGGCUAAAAAUUAUGAAAAUUACGUUUUGGGCCCAUUGUAAAUUUUAUUUUCUGAAAACAGCAAAUAAUUAGGUCAAUAAAUACAUUCUAAAAUAAAGCUCUUCAGAAGUCUA